UCCGCUGUUGUUUUAAAUCGAGGCGGGACGCUUCGCUGAGGUCAGUCUGGUCGGUGAAAUCGGUACUGAAAUAUCGUUUGACUCCACAGUUUGCUGCCAACAUGGUGAGGACUAAAGCCGAUAAUGUUCCUGCAUCUUACAGAAAAGCUGUUGCAGCUUCUGCACCUCGGAAGUCUUUGGGCUCCAGUUCGGCUAACUCGUCGUCGUCCAGCAGCGGCUCGCCUACUCAGGCCAAGAACAAAUACGCCGGCGGGAACCCGGUGUGUCCUCGUCCGACGCCCACCUGGCAGAAGGGAAUCGGGGAUUUCUUUGGUGGACCGCCGAGGAAACCGGAGAAGGAGAACCGGAAGCCUCAGGAGGUGGAGGACGAUGAGGAGGCUGGAGGCAGCGGGAUGUCCAAGGCCAGCAGGAAAUCGAGGCCACUGCCUGCUGAGGAUGAGGAGGAUGAAGACUGAACCCGUCUGACGUUUUAAUGUACAUCUGUAUAUAACUUCUGCUCAAUUCUCUUUGUAUAGUUUAUUAAAUGUUUCUUUUUUACAUUAUUAA